CAAUGUCGAAGCCAUUCAAGAUGCGAAAAAGAACAAGCAGUACGAAGCCUUAGAACAACAACUCAAACUGCUAGUUGAAAGUUAUGGCGAGGCAACACAGCAGCUUGGACAUCUUAAAGAAAGCGUGGAUGAAAGCAAGGACCUGUUGAAGGCCAACAUAGAGAAAGAAGAAAACGCGGAAACGGAUUUAAGGGAGGAAGAUAACGGCGAAUGCGGAAAGAUUGAUCAGGAUUACGUUGCCGUUGUUGUUGAAAUGCAGGGAAUUUUUCAACAAUCUGAUAUUAGGGACGAAGAGCUUGCUAGUUUGGAAAACAUUGCAGGUUUGGUCAAGUGUAUCCAAUAUUAACAUAGUUACUUUAUAAUUUUUUAAAAAUAUUCAUCGUAAUUUUGUUUCAAAUAUUCAUAUUCUCACUAUGAAUAUUCAUGUUCCCAUCACAAAUACUCGUGUAUUCCCAGGGGCGCGAACGAUCUGUGAUUCUGCGCCCGCGUAGGUAUAGUACCAAAAACACCAGAAAAAUUAAAUGGAAGAAGCGACUGGAGUAAAUCAAUGGAAAUCAAGUAAAAAUUCGAUGUUUCGAGGGAAGGCCCUUCAUCGGGAAGUUAGUAGCUGACGAAGGGCCUUCGCUCGAAAGGUUGAAGUUUUACUUGUAGUUUUCAUGUAGUUGAAUCCCUAUCCCUCUCAAUUUUCUGGUAUUUCAUUAAAAAGGGAACAUAUACUCAGUUCUGAGCCCGAUGAGUUUUAAGCCGGAGUAAUACGAGCAACAAAAUUGCUGCAACUUGCAGCAAAAUCUGAUUUCAACGUAUGUUAAGUAGAAAUGUUGACAUACGUUGCCUCGUGAUUUGUAAUGCACGCGUGAACCGAUUUUCAAUUAACAUGCGUUGAAAUCCUGCCGAUUUUGUUGCAAGUUGCAGCAAUUUUGUUGCUCGUAUUACUCCACCUUUAGGGGCAGCAAUGUUCAUCAAUUAAAUAAUAUAUAUAUAUAGUUGGACAAUUCCAUUUGUGCAUUGAUUGCAACAAUUUUAUUCGUUGCAUCGAUACUAAAGAAUAUAAUGCAUUGUAUAUUCUUUGCUUGCACAUGACGUCACUACGUGUCAUUAGGCGCCAUCUUGGUUGAUUUUAAAGUUUUGUCCAGUCGUUUACAUCGAAAUAGUUGAGUUACUUUAAUAUUUUUGGUUUGUUUUGAAAACAUCUUACUGUAUUAUGGAUAGUUUACGAUUUCUGGCACAAUACGACAAAGAAUGAAGAAUAUAGAUUUUUAGUUGCCACGUAUGUUUUGAAAAUCAACCAAGAUGGCGUCGAUUGCAAACAAGCAAUAGCGUUCUUUUUCAGUGACGUUUUUGUAUAUAGUUUAAAACCUUGGUAAUGUUUCUGAGAAGAAUUAUACAGAUUCAAAUUUGAGCUAAAUUGCUUGACAACAUGCAGUUCUCAAUUUCAAUAGGCAUGCAAUUCCAGCUUUUAGUUUAUGCGUGCAGGGGAGGAUGGGAAGUAAGGUAUCAUAUUGCUGAUUAUGAUAAAAAAAUAGAAAUGGCUGCCGUGUAAACACAGUGUGACAGCUUAUACUUGUAAAUAUUGAAAUAUUUCGGUUGUUUCGGCAGUUUUUAUUGAAAUUUUUCAGCAUAACUAGCAAUAUGAUACCUUACUUCCCGUCAUCCCCUGAGCGCAUAAAUUAAAAGCUGGAAUUGCCUAUUCCCAUGGAUAGCGCAGAUUUUCGAAGUGUAGUUUUUGUAAAAAAGGCAACCUGCUGCUCCCGAGCUGUUUGGGUGACGGGGGCAUCUCCGGCCCCCUAUGUGUUCAAACUUCAUAUCCAAACUUCUUGAUACUGAAUAGAGAACCUACUUUUAAACGUGAUAAAAAUUGCCCAAAUUUUUAGGGAUUCAACGACAACGUUCCAUUGAUAUUGAGGACAACGAAGGGACUGGAAUGGCAUCAUGUAUACGCGGUCUUGUCGCGAUAAAAGAUAGCCAGAUUGAAACACUUACGAGAGAACGAGAUGAGCUUAGUGUUCAAAUUACAGAGAUAAAGAAAAUAGAAUAUCGUCAGCUGUAUCAGCUCAGUGAACUGCAAAAGGAAAACAACGAGAUUUUGGACAAAAUGGAAGCAUGUCAAGCGAAAUAUCGCAAACUGAAGGAGGAAAAAGAAGACAUACGACAAAAUCUUUUGGUGAAAAACGCCGCGGAUAAGAUAACCCAUUCUUAUAUUAAUAAGUUAAAGGUUGGUGACAACAUACAGUAUAAAAUAUAAGAAUUAUACUAGAGUUUGUCGCGGCUAUCCCUCUUCCUGGGCUUCCUGAUUGUAACUGGCUGAUUAUAGAAGCGAAAUUUCUAGCCCCGGCAAAAGGUUUUCAUGUUUCGUUUAAGUUCCUUCCCAUCAUAGGCGUACGAAUAGGUCCCCCCAUUUUUUUUUUUGUCGGGCAGUUUGUACCUAAAAGUCGGGACAGAUUGUUCUUAAAAAAAAGGGCAAUUGUACACCAAAAUUAUUGAAGGGAAGAGUGGUGCGCAUUAAAUAGACCUUAUGUAUAAUGACGUCACAAGGCUUGAUGCCCGUGAGGAAUGCUGGUCUUGGUAGUCAUCGCCCGGGAAAAUUAAACAAUUCGAAAUGGCCACUAUCGAAAUUUUCCCGGGCGAUCGGAUUACUAAGACCAGUAUUCCUCGCAGGCAUCAAGCCUUGUGACGUCAUUAUGCAUAAGGUCUAUUGGUGGAAGUGGGGGAGAAAUAUACGGCGUUUUCAGUUUGUCUUAAUGUAUGUUUCGAAAAUAUUUGCCCCCUCGUCGACAGGAAUUUUGGGAAAUAUACCGUUUUGGAGAAAAUUUUUUUUUUUGGGGGGGGGGAGUGGCGAGACUUGGGCAAAUUCACGAAUGUCUGGCAGAUUUUCGGCCCUAAUUUUUCCCUCCAAAUCAUCUCCUUAUACAGAAUCGGGUAACAAUACCAUCCGGCCCACUCGUUACGAUCAACUGGCAGUCACGGUAUAUACGAUUCAUAUUUUGGCGUGUACAAUCGAAUCAACACGCCUAAAGAAAUUUUGCCAUAAACAAAAGUUUAUCAGUUUAGUGGUCCGUUUUAAAAGUGUCUAUUUUUCUUGAUACACCCGGCUUCCAAACAAAGAAGUGCCUGCAUACAGUCGCAAAAAUUAAUCCCAGUUACAAGUGCAGUUAUCUUUUGAAACUCUUAAGCGUCAAACGAGGACAAGACGGUUGAUGUCUUGAUGAGAGUAAUUGGCAGUUACGCAUUGUCGGUUACAGAAGCAACCAUUGAACUAUAGCGCAACCUACCUUGUUCCCAGGCUCUUACCUCUUGUGGAGGAAAGACCCUUGGUAUGAGCUGGUCACGUGAUCUGCUAAAAUCUAGCAGAUUUUCAAUUGAUGAUUCCCCUUAUUACGUUUUCGUAGCGCUUUGCAUUGUGGUUAUAGUGGUAUCACUGAUAAAGAUAGCAGCCUCGAAUGAAAAUAUUGAAUGUCUUCGCGAAUAUUUUGCUGUUGGCUAUCGCCCACGGGACCCUAGCUUUUUUAAAAAGUUCUUGCACGGGUCAGGACAAAAAAUAAGCCAUCUUGAAUAUAUCAGUGAUACAACUAUAACCACAAUGCAAAGCACCACGAAAACGGGAAUCUAGUAUUGAUGAUAAUGGUGUUGAUAAACUAUUUGAUACUAUAUACUUUAAUUUAUUACUGACUUGCAUUUUGUUUUGAAAGUUUGAUUUUAUUUUAAAGGAAUCCAAGGGGAGUAAAAAAAAACCAUUACCAGCAGAUAAUUUAAUAAAAUACAAGAAAAAACAUACUCCGAAGAAUAACAUCUUGUAAACUCAAGAUAUGAGCUAUAACAAAAGAUAACAAUUUUGCGGUGAUAUUUCGACUCUAUUUCAAAGUCAUUGUCAUCCAGAAUAAGCUAUUUACAAACUUGCUAUCAUACUAUAUACAUAGAAACAGGAAGAGAUGACGUAUUAGAAACAUUACACUAUUGACAUACAAUGAUACUUAAGAAAAGACCACGAGUUCUUUAGACGCUCUUAAUCCAUUAUUAAGCACGGGCUUUCUGUAUUUAAUAUACAGAGCUUCAAGGAAUAGGAGAGUAGGGGAGUAGACGAGUAGUUAAUUAGAAAUCUGCUAGAUUUUAGCAGACCAGCUCCUACACAGCUAAAAACGAUCAGGUUGUUCCAAUCAUUGAUGAAAACAGGAUUGAACAUUAAUGAUGUGCGGCCCACAUUGUUCACAGUUGUCAACAAUGUUGAACAAUAUUGUUACACCCGAUACAGGCUCAACAAUAUUGUUCAAUAUUGUUGACAAGUGUGAACAAUGUGGGCCGCACAACAUUAGAGACCUUAAGAUUGACGUUUACGGCAAACGUCAAACCGCUAGCGAGGUUUUUGAUUUUACAACUCUAUUAUAAUAGCUUUUACAUCAGUUUUGAAAUAUGUUAAACUUAUUAAACUUGUGCUCUUUAGCAAUGAUUUAAGAAAGCAAAUUAACCACUAGUCAUGCCAUUCACUAAAGCAGUAAAUUAAGAUUUGGCGUUUGAAUUUGGCGUAUAAAUUUCAUGCUUGAACUGCUACGAGUGCUUGUAGUCGUUAAAGCAUGAAAUUUAUACGCCAAACGUCAACUUCAAACGCCAAAUCUUAAUUUACUGCUUUAGUGAAUGGCAUGACUAGUGGUUAAUUUGCUUUCUUAAAUCAUUGCUAAAGAGCCCAAGUUUAAUAAGUUUAACAUAUUUCAAAACUGGUGUAAAAGCAACAAUAAUAGAGUUGUAAAAUCAAAAGCCUCGCUAGCGGUUUGACGUUUGCCGUAAACGUCAAUCUUAAGGUCUCUAUUGUUCAAUCCCGUUAAACAGCAGGCUCAUAAUUCUUACGCGUGUACCGCAGAAUCUUUCCUCCAUAAGAGGUAAGAGCCUGGGAACGAGGUUGUUGCAAGAGGUGGCAGUGUAAAGGUAGCGGCGAUGACAAGACAGCUGCGGCUGAUUGCGAGAGAUUCAACCACUGAAUAAUAAACUAUACUAUAAGCAGAACUUCUGCUUAUAAAGGUGGCUCGAUACAGUUUUCAAAAAUUCAGGUGUUUAACACUUUGACAUGUUCAAACUACGCAUUUUUUAGGAUUUAUUCAGCAGAUAUUGGGUUUUUUAUAUAUUUUGAUAACUCUACUUUCAAAUUAUAUUCGUUUUAGUAACAGAUAGUUCAUUGCUAUGACGACAUAAGUGUACGAAAUUCACUCCAAAAUGGUCUAUCGUCUCGUAUAGUUGGAAAAAAAGUAUGGUGACCCCCAAUUUGUUUUCGUGCAUUAUUUUACUUGGAUGAAAAGCUAACAAUUAGCAAAAUAUAAAAAAUUCUGUAAUGCCAUUUUUUUGGAAAAUGCGAAAAUGUCAUAUUCUUCGGUAAAAAUUUUUUGGCAUUACAGUAUUAGUUUAUUUUUUGUGUGAUGAAAGUUUUUAGCGGUGCAAUACAGCAUGCAAAAUUUGAACAUAGGUCAUCAGACAAAAUAAAGAGAUAUAGCGCAUUGUUUUUCUAAAAUGGAAAAUUCUAAUGACGUCAGCAAUUGACAUAAAACGCUAUAGAACACGAGCAACGGCGUGAUAUGGCGCAAGCAACUGCUCACGUACGUCAGGUCAUUUUGGAAGUUCUUUAAUUUUGUUAAUCAGUUUCCGUGACCUGCGCGUAAAAAUGGUCACCAGGUUUUGAGUUCGCGAUUCUUGAGCAGGGUUUUUGUGAUAACUAUAUCGAGCCACCUUAAGUGCUUAUGUUUUUUCAGGUAGUCGUAUCUCUCACAAUCCGCAGCUGUAUAUAAUGAUUGUUACAAGGGACAUUUUAAGCCGAGUAGGUUAACAAAAGUUACUGUUUUAACUAUGGUUUAUCUGGUAUUUAGAAUACACUGUAAUGGUGUUGGUAAAGCAUUAAGUCUGGUUCACUGACACGUAUACCUGCGAUAUGCCAGCGGGCUAUGUCGGCAGUUAGCAGUUCAACCAAAUAAUUCGCAAAAGCCAUGUAUGCAUCAACAGCUGUAAACAAUGAUAGCACAGGCAUAUAUGUGAACCAGGCUUUAAGAAUUAAGAACUGUUAACCAAGAUCACGUGACUGCCAACUUCCAGGUAUCACUAUGCACUCUCACCGAAAUUAAUAUUAUCUGAUUUCCUUGCUCUCCGCAGAGGCUUUAGUUGGCUAUGAUUACGAUGAGAUACACUUCAGCCUCUGCGGAGGAGAGAGAUUUCCUUCAGCUUAUCAGUUAACAGUCGAUAAUAAACACUGGUGUAACUAAAUAAACUGGCUUUACGUUUUGCAGCAUGAGAAUGAGCAAUACAAAGCCAACUUACAGACACAACAAGAAACAUUGAAACAACAGUUUCAAGCAAUAAAAGAUGAGCUGGAUGACAAAAUGGAGGCAAAGAAUGCGUUACUUCAGACAAUGCAAGAGAAGAUCUCUCUCUAUCAGCGCGAACGAGACGCGUUGAAAAAUGAACUGAAUUCUCGCCAAAAGAAAGACAACGCUAUCAAAGAACAGAUAAUAUCCAUUUUCGGUAGUCAGUAA